AUGAGAUUUAUUCAGAUUUUACUUUUUGUUCAUUGCUCAGUUGUUUCUCAGCUUCUUUCUUAUACAACGUAUAGUUAUUUAUAUUAGCCUUGGAGAGCAGUUUUUAUAUGGGAAUUCAGUUUCUCCCUAUUGCUUUCCUUUACCUAUUGUACUUUUAUAUGGUAAUUAAGAUUUAAUGAAUAUUACAUAGUUAUUGUUAGUUAUUAAUAUUGUUGUGGUUUUUAUUAGUAGUUAUUGUAUAGUAGAAUUUUGUACAGUGGUUAAAAAGCAUCAUUAAACUUGUUAUACUUUCACCUGCCGUUCGGUUCGGACCUUAAGUUUUCAUUCUGAGUGCAUUUGUUAAAUUGAAUAGGAAAAAAAAAACACUUCAAACGGAAAACAGAAUUAUUUUAACGUCUGGAUCUUUUGGACAAAGGUCUCCUAAACGAGUGGCCUUGAUUAUAAAUAUUUAAGCAUGGUUAACACAUUAGCCUUAACUUGGCUGUUUCUCGAAGCUCAGUGUUUUCCUACUUGCCUUUUUCCACGUGAAAUGGGAGAUUGAAUUUACAUAAUAAACACUAAAAGAACUACAGCUGAUGAAAAUAUUAAAUUUCUUAUCUUAGGCUGUGGAUACAAACUUUUUAAUGACUCUAAAAAUAUAAAAAUCGCGAACAAAAUUUUAAUAGAGUGCUUAGCUUUUCAUUUUUCCGGAAUCGAAAGUCGAUAUUGGAAAAUUCAAGUGAAAAGCAAGCCAACUGUGAUUAACGGCUCAAACAAGGUAAGAUACUUAUUUUUCGUCAUACAAUAAGUUACAUAUCGUAAAUAUCAUUCUUCUUGAUGCAGCAAAAAUUUUGUUCCAGUCAAAGCGUUUGGAAAAUUGCUCAACUUUUUAAGCAGCGAAGUGUAACUUGGUAACAUUUUGGCUUUGCAACACGAUUGUUUUCUGCAAGUUACAAAACGUAAAUAUGAUUCUUCUUGGUGCUUUUCCGAAUGCCACUGAUGCCUUUUCCGAUGCCUCCAUUGUUUAUUACAGCAGUAAAAGAUAUAUGUACAAUCAACACUUUUGAAGAAUUGCUUAACAUUUUAUUUAGCGAAGUAUACUGUUAACAUUUUGGCUUUACAAACACUAUUGUUUUCUACAAUUACAACUGAUAUGUCUCUAUAUGACGUAUUAAAACUGUUCCCCCGCUGACCAUUUGUAUUUCGAUCAUUUUUUCUUCCCCCGCUCCUCGCCCGUGAUGUAGUAACUCUCUUCAGCAUUAAGGACCGAUUAUGGAUGCAAAAAGAUGAUAGAUGCGUAAUACGUCAGUAAACCUGCUAUAUUUAUUAUUUCGAUAGAAUUUUCAGAUUGAUCAAACGGCAAUAUUAUUCAAACCCUUGUAAUAUAUUAGGUUAAAUGAAACCGUUCGGUUAUCGUAACUUCAUGAGCAGAGACGUAGACAACCUGGAAACGAGGAAUUAACUCUCAUGCGUGACUCGAGGAACAAAUGUGUCACGUCAACCAAUACCUUUGACGGCAAAGGUUCAUAGUAUUUAAUAGAGUUUGAUUUGUGAAGAGAACUGAGAGCAAAACCUAGCAAUGGCAGCUGAAGAUAACUGGCAGACGAAGCUUCCAACUCUCGUCGAAAGAACUGCGUUCAUUUUCAACAGAGAGAUAUUGAGCGAUGUGAAGUUUGUCGUUCCUAUGUCGAUUGGUGAAAGUGAAAGCAAGAAGGUAAUGCCAGCUCACAAGUUUGUGCUCGCAAUCAGUAGUCCUGUGUUCUUUGCCAUGUUCUAUGGUCAAAUGGCGGAGACUAAAGACUCUAUUGAACUGCCUGACUGUGACUACGAGAGUCUGUUGGAGUUGUUUCGUUUCUUGUACACCGACCAAGUGAAUUUAAGCGGAAGUAAUGUGAUGCAAGUGCUGUACUUAGCGAACAAAUAUCUGGUGCCCUCGCUUGUCAAGAAAUGCCAAAAAUAUCUUCGAAGCAACCUGAUAGCAUCGAACGUGUUUUGUAUUCUGCCACACGCACAGAAAUUUGAAGAUAAAGACUUAGAAGAUCGAUGCUGGAAAGUAAUUGAGGAGCAGACCGAAGAAGCGAUGACGUCAGAUGAAUUUGUUACAGUUGAGCGAUCUGUUGUCGAAUCUGUUGUGAAGAGAGAAGUGUUGAAUGUGACAGAAGUGGAACUGUUUAAAGCUGUUAAUCGCUGGGCCACAAAAGAAUGUGAAAGGCAAGGUGUGACUUCCGAUGGAGAGACAAAGAGACGAAUUCUUGGAGAAGAAAUUGUGAAAGGAAUACGCUUUCCGUUGAUACCACAGAAGGAUUUUGCAUCUGUUGUAUUUGAUUCGCGAAUCUUAAAUUAUGAAGAGUUUGGAAACAUGACAAAAUACUACAACGGUCUGAUAAAUACUCCUUUGCCGUUCUUAAAGGCAAGUAGAAUUGAUUCCACUGUGCACCGAUGCUGCAGGUUUAAAACGUUUUGUUCCCCAUGGGAAUACUGGAAGUACGGCAAGACUCCUGACUGUAUCAUUCUCACUGUCAAGAAGCCUGUUAAAAUUUACGGAGUUCAGCAUUUUGGCUCCGAAGGCGGUGAGUAUACAGUUACAACAGACAUUGUUGAUCUCGUGGACAACACUUCGCUUGCGAGUCGAGCAGGAAAUUAUGCUUCAGAAAAAAGCGAUGCCAAUGCUUAUUAUGGCUUUGAUGUGUUGUUCGAUCGUCCGGUUAUUUUGAAGGCAGAUAAAGAAUACAAAGUAAAGUCGCUCAUCAAGGGCCCUGACUCGUGGUACGGCAAAGACGGGCAAGCAUCAGUGGAGUGCCAGGGAGUGCAAUUUACAUUUCGUAGCUCGAGGGAUGGCUCUAUUGAGACCGGUGAAAAGAGAGGACAGUUUCCUGGAAUUUUGUUUUCAGUAUCCAAGUAAAAAUUCUAACGUUACCCAAACCGUCCCUUUUACGUAGAGCUCUGUGAAAGUCUAAUAGGUCAAGUAGUAUUGGAUCAAUUGUAUCAGUCAUCGCGGAUGUCCAGGUAUACACAUUUGAAUCCUUUGACAAACACAGCAGAUAUAAAACUACAAGUUAGAUCGCUAAGCGGACCUAUCAGAGUUGACCCAAAACUCUUGUUAGAUGUGAUCCUUAUAAGUCAGUUAGAGAACCCUGUUGUUUAUAGAAUGAAUAAUAAUUUGGUAGCUAAAUGUUGUUUUAAGCAAUGGAAUUAAAUAUUUCGUAUGCUCUCCUUUACAUUCUUGUAAAUGUAAGAAGUCGAAUUAAAAAACAUACCAUUCAAGGAGGGAAAGGAAUUUUCAACAAAAACAGUACUAGUAGGCUUCCAAACUCUGGCUAAUAAAUAUUAUACGUGACAAAUUUUUGUCGUGAACUCAGCGCGGACAAGUUAGGACAAAGCAUUUUGAUUGAGACAAAAGAAAUUGAGACGAUAGCGAGCCCACGUUAUCAGAUCUAUUGGUUUUAUCAACUGAGUUGAUAAUGUAAAUCGGCCACCGGAAAAAGUUUCUAAAGCUUACGUUUAGAGCGUUAGCCCUUCGUCUCGCUUUAAAGAAGGGUCAAUGCUUGAAACGUCGUCAGCUUCAGAAACUCCCCUUUCUUUAGUCAGUAUAAGAUUUAGAUAAAAUAGACCCACGAAUCCUAUCGAGCUCAUUGGCUAGCUGAACUGUUCUGUUAUAUGCUGAUGGCAAAGGAAGCGACGAUCUUCUGCUUUAAGUUAAAAACAAAAAAGCGAAGAGAGACAAAAACGGGGGUUUCCCUCAAUUUGAAGGCACCGAAGCGAAAAAUCCCAUUCCUCUUGACCUGUCCAUCAUCUGACAAAGCGAAAGAAAACCCUCUUUGGACUUCGAAGACGCAGUCUUCCUUGGGCUUUCCCGUUCAUUCCAAAAAUACAAAAAGCUGCUCUUAGCACUUUUUGCAUUAUUUUGCACUGACACGAGACACACAAAGAUGACUCUUCUUGAUUCACUCUGCAAGACGUGAUUGUCGAUGAGCAAUGUCUCUCGCUAGUUAUUUGGAAACUAGGCUGAUAAUCACCGAGAAAAUUCUGAGAAUUGAAGUUUUGUGAGACAUAUGUGACUCAUCAUCUGAUGCAACUGUCUGGUGACAUCACUUCUCUCUUGAAAUAAGAUAUGGAUUUAUUCAAUUUUUGUUCCCAGCGCUUGUGCUAAGGGUUAAAGAUAUUCAUAAACCAUCUUACCAGAAAAUAAGAGAAAACCGUGUAGAAAUAUUACUUGCCUUUUGAAGUUGUAAGAGCGAUGAACUGAAAGAAAAGAAAGGUUAUCGAGGACAGUGUUAAAUUUUUCCGACGAGUCAGACAUUGUUCAGUCGUAAGAAGAGACAAAAUUAAUAAAAUUAAUCUUCGUUAUUUAAAUUUUCCAGCUGCUUAGAGCGGUUAACUGUUGUAGAAUAUCAUUUGCAUCAUAACGCCUUUGCAGUUAUCGGAGAGAAAAACAUUGUCGUCUUUGAACUGUUGCCUCACAUUGUGUGAAAUAAGACCCUCAAAGAUACUGAGAGCAGACCAAAGAGAUGCGUAUGGAAGAAAUCUGGCAAACGAAACUUCUAACUCUUGAACCACCUCUAUUUUCAACAAUGAGUUACUGAGCGAUGUCGACUUCUGAAAGUGACAGUAAGAAAGUGAUCCCAGCUCACAAGUUUGUUCUUGCCAUCAGUAGUCCUGUGUUCUUUGCCAUGUUCUAUGGUCAAAUGGCGGAGACUAAGGACUCUAUUGACCUGCCUGACUGUGAGUACGAGAGUCUGUUGGAGUUGUUCCGUUUCUUGUACAGCGACAAAGUGAAUUUAAGCGGAAGUAAUGUGAUGCAAGUGUUGUACUUGGCGAAUAAAUACAUGCCUUCACUCUUUGACAAUUGCACAGAAUAUCUUUGCGACAACUUGACAGCAUCCAACGUGUUUUGUAUCCUGACACAUGCUCAGAAAUUUGGCGGUAAAUCUUUAGAAGAUCGAUGCUGGGAGGUGAUUGAACGGCGGACCGAAGAAGCUGCGACGUCAAACGAAUUUGUUUCUGUUGUUGAAUGUGUUGUCAAGAGAGAGAAGUAUUAA